AUGGCACAUACGAGUUCAUCAGCAACAAUUGAAUUAGCAAAUGAGAUGAAAAAAAUAAUAAGACUGUCUGGAUCAAACUAUGGUGAGGCGAUUCGUCGUUGUUUGCAAAUAUUUGAAUCAGGUGGUAUAGUUGCGUUACCGACGGAUACAUUAUAUGGCGUGGUUACAACGAUGUCGAAUGCUGAUAAACUGUAUGAGUUAAAGCGUCGUAGUCAAUUAAAACCUCUCGGUCUAUUUGUUAGCAACGUUCGAGAAGUUGGACGAUGGUGUCAUCGUCAAGCGAUCGAAAACAGUCAGCUGAAGACACUAUUGCCGGGACCGGUGACAUUAAUUUUUGAACGUUCUGCUUCACUUCCAAGCACUUUCAAUCCAAAACAUGGAACAGUUGGUAUUCGAAUUCCUGAUCACGAUUUUGUUCGUUCAUUGAUGAUUCGCUUAGAUGAUGUUCCGCUUGCACAGACCAGUGCUAAUAUUUCCAAUGACCAAAAUAAUCCAGCAUGCAUUGAAGAUUUCAAAGAUUUGUGGCCAGAAUUGGAUCUGAUAAUAGAUGAUGGCACAGUGUUGCGCCCAGAUGGUAAAGUAAAUCACGAAGGUAGUACAGUGGUAAAUCUGAGCAUUCCUGGUUUUUAUAGCAUAAUACGAGAUGGAUGCGCGAGAACGGCAACGGAGAAAAAGUUAAGAGAUUGCGGACUGAUUAGUUUAUCAGAUGGUGACUAUGUGCAGUAA